CGCCCGCCCGGCUACCCUCCUCGACCUCCCGCGGCUGGUGGUGGGAGCUGGCCUAUGCGCAUGUGAUGUGGGGCAGCAUGACUGGCCGCCACCCACUGGGUGCCAGGAGCACUUUCCCCAGUUGUGACAACCAAAAAUGUCUUCAGACAUUUGCAGGCUGCUGCCGUGGACACCUGUGAGCCAGAAGCCAGUCAAGCUGCCAGCUGUCUGUGCCAUGGAUCCCCAGGUCAGCAAUGGUUCAGGACUCCAGGAUGAGCACAUCACAGACCUGCUUGUGUUUGGCUUUCUCCAAAACUGCUCCAUCUGUAAUUUCCACAAAGAGCUGAAGGUGCUGGGCCAUGACCUGCCUGUGCCAACAUACCUGCGGGAAGGCCCCGACGACGAACUGCAGACAGAUGGCAAUCUUUAUAGCCACUUUGUCCUGGAAGGCAGGAGGACAGAUUCUGAGAGCCAAGAGGAAAUCAUCCAGAACAUCGCCAGGCAGCUCGCCCAGAUAGGGGACACGAUGGAGUGCAGAAUCCCCCCAACACUGGUGAACCGCCUGGCAGAGCAGUUCAUGAAUGGGGACCUGUCAGAGGAAGACAGAAGGAGGUGCCUGGCCACUGCACUGGACCAGCUCAUGCAGACGUUCCCUAAAGACAUGGAGAAGGAGAAGGCCAUGCUGAUGUUGACCCUGCUCUUGGCCAAAAAGGUGGCCGAUCACAUGCCGUCCUUGCUCCAGGAUGUCUUUCGCACGACAGUGAAUUUUAUUAACCAGAACCUGCUCACCUACGUGAGGAACUUGUUCAGAAACGAGAUGGACUGACUGGAUGGAUGACUGCAAAAUCACGUCUGGCCAAAGCUUGAUACAGUGACAGUAGUGUAGUUUUCCCCAGUGAAGAUGGAGCCACGGCCAUUUAACAAAGUGCUUAGACAGGCACAAGAUGGCAGCUAUUGAUUUCUCACUAUCUAAAGGUGAUGUUUGAAGCUGGUAACCCAUCUAGAAAUCUCUACAUUGAUAUACUUGAAUGAAAAUGUCCGCUUGCACAUAUCUGAAUGAGCUUUACACCAUCUUCUGACUCCAUCUACAUACUGUGCCUUUAUCUUAUUUCAGCUAUAUAGGUCCCCACUUGAAAAUUAAAUUUAAAAGCAGAUUGUAAGGCAGAAGAAAAAAACUGGACUAUUUAUUGAAGUGCAACCUUGAGGCACAGUCUCACAGCAGACAGUAUCGUAUGGAGAGCAAGGAAUGCAGACUCCUUAAACAUGAAAAAUUCCUCUCAGAAUAGGGAACAUCUUCAUACUAAGGAAGUAACAGUCUUCCUGUUUAAAACCCAGAUGGCACAGGAGGUUUUAGACUCAAGUUCUGUCCUCAAACAGUGGAAAAAUCAGGCCUCAGGAUGUGUUUGGUUCUUUUCAACUUGCUUUCCUUUUAUUAAGAAGCAGGGAAAACCGUGGGCAGUUCAAAGGUGUAGAGGUGACUCAAGGGCCCCUGUCACCCAGUUUCCAAACUCAGGUCACUAAAGGCAUCUUUUCUCUUUGCAAGAAGGAGAAAACUUUGAGCUGGUGGAUAAAAACUUUGAGCUGGUGAAUAAAAACUUUCUGUACCAGAAGCUGCUGAGUA